CUGCUGUUCACUCUGUCCCAGUGUUUUGGUGCACAGAGAGAAACGCGUAUUGGCGAUGCAUUUGAAACAAAAAGGAUACUACUUAGGUGUAUUUCUCAUUUACACCAUCAUAACAAUAACUUUACCUUCAGUGGGUUGGUGUGAGCCUACUACUUAUUCCUCCCAACCAAACUCUCAUCCGGCUCCUCAUAAUGACAGGAACAGCGAUUUAACGACUCAUCCCUUCAACCGAGAGGACAGAAAGCGGCAACACCUGGACUCAGGAAGGCAGGGAGAAGAGUCCAGAACAUCACGAGUGUUUGACAACUUCAAAAACAGGGACAGGAUACAGUCUGACCAGAGACUCAGACACAGAAUGGCGUCUUCUUCAAGUGACAAAAGCUUAAAAAACCUUAACAAACCGAAGCAAACCGAGGUGGAGCGGAUGUAUUCUUCACUGAACCCCCCAAGUGAAAACUGUGGCGCAGGAAAAAUUAAGCACGUAAUCAACGGCAAGUUUUACAUAAAUGGUCAACUUGAAACUAACGUCCCUCAUGUGGGCUACCAAUCAGAUUCUGCCUUUCCAGUCCAGGCUCAUAAAGGCCGGGCGUGGAUCAGAGGUCAGCGGCUUAGUGGCUCAGAGGAGAGCUGGCAGAAGCUGCAGCCUGUGGUGGAGUGUGGAGACGACACCAUGACCCUCACUGUCAGGAGGAGACGAGCUGUACAGCUAUGGCUGGACCGAGUGAAUGAGUCAUCCGUGCCCCUGUCCCAGCUGCCACCUCAGUGUGGCUACUCUGUCCAGUCUACAUGGAGAGACCUCAGUCUGAUGGCUCAAUACGAUGCCUGCCAUGUCACACAAGAGCAUGACAGCUAUGUGUUGCCUCUGCUGUGGAGGGGAACUCCAGUCAAGAUGUCGUGCCCAGUCACUCACAUCCAGCCUCAGGAUGCAGGCCCAUCCUCACUCUGCUGCUCCCCGUAUGGUAUGUCUGUCAAAGUGCAGGGUCUGUCUGCUACAGAGGAGCUAAAGGUAAAAGUCAGAGGAGAAUGGACCCCCCUGGUAAUGCUGGCUCAGCAGUGUGGCUACACUUUGAAUAGACAAGAUGGAGAGAUUUUAAUCACUGCUCCAUUCAUUACAUGUGGCAUCACAGUAAAGGAUGGAAAACACACACUUUCUCUUCAAGUAGGAGAAAAGAUGUUCACACUGGCCUGUCCUGUCUCUCCCCCUGAAGAACUCCCAUUAACCCAUCAGCCUCUGGUCGACAGCCGUCAUCAUCUAACCAGUGGGCCAAUGGAGCCUAUGCCAGAAACCCUGGGGCCUUUUCCGUGGGCUCCACCUUUCUACCUGGCCCCGCCUUACUAUCCCCAUCCUACAUAUCAUCACAGGUAUCCUGGUCCUGGUGUACACGAUGCAAAUAACCCUCCUACUUCCACAUCCUCAGCUCCUGACCCAACGUUUAGUCCACAGCCUACCCCUCCUGUUGAUUCCCAGCCCGACUAUCAAGACUACUACUCCCGAGGGAUUCCUGUGAUGGAGUCAUAUAAACACUUUGAUGUCCGCAGUUCUCUGUUAUCUACAAAGGAAAUGGAUGAUUCAAGUAGGGCGUAUUCAGAUCUUUACAAUCUCUCUGAGAAGCGCAGCGCCAUAGAUGCAGGCUUUCAGAUGCAAGUUGAAGCCCCUUCUCUCCAGCCCCCAAGCCAUGCCUUCAAUCCAUACUACCACUACUACCAUCACCCCAAAAUCCCUCUUCCUGGCCCACCUGAAGACCCCGAUCCAGGCCCCGAGGUUCCUUCAGAACUGUCUUUAACUAAUUCUAAUAACCCUGAAUCACCAGUGUUGCCCCCCAACUUCCAGCAGUCUGAGGCUCUCGGCAGAGUUAACUCAGACCAGUCCCUUCAGCCUGUUCCUGAGGCUGCCUCUCCUCCUUACAUCCCUCCAACUCCUAAAUUCUAUCAUACAAGCCCUGCCCCUCAUGCACCUCAUCCCCCACAGCCAUAUCCAUACCACUACCUCUAUUACUUUCCACAUAUUGCUAGGGGCGAGGCCAAAAAAUUGUCUCCUCUCAGUCCUAACACUGCUGCAAAACCAAAUUUGUCUGAUCAUCAUAACACCAAGUGGAAGACUUCUCUUUAUCCACUUCCUCACUCAUCAGUACUUCCAGUUCAUGACAAAUAUGACUUGAAGGCCUACACAGAGCAGCCAAGCUCAGACGAAGUGAUUAACCUUCAAAAACAUAUGUUGCAUCCACUUCUAUCUGAAGAUGAUGAUGAUGAUGAUGUAAAAGAGGAGCUGGAUGACAAAAAGAGACAGUCUGUAUCUGUGACUCCUGCAGUUCAACCUCCCCUGCCAGACCCUGUGGCAGUUCCUCUUCAUGAACAUCCCUCUCCCCCGACUCCAUCGUCCAAUCAUAAUCCUCCUCCAUACCUAUACUACUACCACCCUUAUCAUGGCUACUAUCAGCUGUAUUAUAGACCUGAGAGUUUACUCAGCGCUGACAACCGUGUGUCUCCAACCUCAUCUAAAGAAGCUUUAGACCCUCUGCUUCCAGCAUCUUCCUCUCCACCACAGCAUCCAUCAUAUUGCAAACAUCCUCCAUCACAACAGACCACUACUCAGCCCACAGAAUCAAUGUAUGACGAUCCAAAUGGCCUUGUAUAUCCUGACUACUAUUAUUACCACCUGUACUACCAGCCUAAAGUGUCUGUAGACAACCAGGAUCCUGGAGAAAGCAUGAACUUUGAAAAAGAAACCACAAAAUCAGAAUCUCAGCUUCCUUCAGACUCUGGCUACAGCAGCAUAGAUUGGCAGGCUCAUGCUGCUGAGAUGGGAUAUCCCAGCAUCCCUCAGCCACUGUACAUUCCCUUUCAUAUCCCCUAUUUCCAUUAUAUCACUCAGCAACAUUCAAAUGAUCCCUAUGAGCAUCCUGACGGGGAAGAAGCAGAACACAGGCAAGAUGAUGAAAGGAGAGAUCUACUUUUUGUGCCUGACAGAAAUGUGCUCUGCUGCAUACAGUGACUGCACUGUAGGCUGCAUCAACAGUCCCAACAGUGACACGUGAGCAAUGAAAUAAAGCUACUUUUACACAACUGCA